UGUUGUGUAGGUGGUGAGUUGUGCACCAGGAUGGACAGCCACUGUGAAGCACACCAGGCCGACGCGGUCACAAACUUGCCAAAUCCUGAGUUUCCUACCAACAAAGUGCCUGAUACCUCUACAGAUGUGGAGACCUUUGGCAUGGUGUGUGAAGCACAAAGUGAAAGGGAUGUGGACCACAGAUGUAGCAGCAGCCAGAGCAUUUUAAGUGCUGAUGACAGUGCCAGUGUGGCAGCUAAUGAAAUAAGCAGCACGCCAGUAUCAGCAGCUGGCCGUGAGUCCCCAGUUACAGAUGGUGAGGCAGAUGGGGUUGGAGCUGACCCAUGCUUGCUUUGCCAGCCUGUUGAAUCUUCGUCUGUGAUAUUCAGCUCCACGCCGUUAUUUGGUCACAUCUCCGUUGCUGGUGCUCGCGUCAGCAGCAGAGAUGAGGAGCCCAAGGGCACCUUGGGGCCCAGCCGUCCGUCCUCGACCACUGCCCCUGGGUCCCCUGGGCUGGGGGGGUCCCCUGGGGAGACACCUGUGACCCCCUCUGGCCAGCAAGGUGUUGUGACAGUAAGAGCAGCAUCAAGCCAUUGUUGUGUAGGUGGGGCUGAAGCCUCUUGUACCACACAUGAGCUGCACAACACCUCUCAGCCAACUCAGCAGCCAUCACCAGCUGCAGCACACACACCUGCACAGGCCAGUCUCAACAUUCCUGGCUCAAUGGCCAACAAUAAUGCCAAUAGCCAACUCCAGGGUAGCAACCCUAGCUUUAACCAGGAGAUAAAGCAGGCUACAGCCAGCUUACUCCAAAUAAGUGCAACCUGCAACCAAUACGCUUCAUUUCCUACUUCAUCAAAAUUCCAGGCUGCAGGCAAGCCUGGAAAAUUUGGUUUUGCUUCCUUCCCCCAUGGCUUUAUUAAAGUUAAUAAGUGGGGCAUUCCACGUGGCUUGGGUCUCGUAGGCGGGGGGGAAAGUGCAGCCAAUGGGUGGGGAGGAUCAGCCCCCCAGACAGCUGGGUGGGGUAGCUCUGGUGCAAACCAGUCUGGUUCACAGAGCCAAUGGGGUGGAGGCCCCAGUCGGGGUGGAGGGGCUCCUAACACAUCACCUGCCCAGGGAGGUAACCUCAAACCAGCACAGCAAUCUAGUGGCCCUGCCCAGCAGCCCAGUUCUCCAGCAGGCCAGCAGAACACACAGACUGGAGGGACUGGAGGGCAGCAGGGACCAACCGGAGUCAGUCAGCAGCAGACUCAGCAGGGAACCAGUGGACAAGGAGGCAAUAGUAACACUUGGGCGCAAGCUGCAGGGAAAGGUCUUCCAGCUGGUAGUGGGUCGGGGGAUGCUCAAAAACGUCACAUGGAGCAGCAACUGCAGAGUAUCAGGGAAGCAUUGCUCAGCAGUGAAGGUUGGGGAGGAGAAAAUGUGAACCAGGAUACCUCGUGGGAUCUCCCAGGGUCUCCAGAACCUGGAAAAGAUUCAAGUGCACCCCAUUUUAAAAUUAAUGUUAACAAUGGAUGCGAUCUGUGGGAAAACAAUCUGCGAAAUGGUGGGGCUGCUCCUCCUAAAGCUCAGCAGGCUCCAUGGGGUCACACACCAGCCACCAACUAUGGUGGUACAUGGGGAGAGGAUGAUGAUGCAACAGACUCUUCAAACGUUUGGACUGGUGUUCCACCCAAUAAUCCACAGUGGGGAGCUAACACACCUAGUGCUCCUAACAUGUGGGGUGGUGGUGCACCUCCAAAGAAAAAUAUUGAUUGGAGUGGUGGUGGUGGUGGGGGUGGAGGUGGUGGCAGUAGUAGUGCUGGUGGUGGUGGUGGUACUGGAGGAGGUGGUACUACUGGCAGCGGAUGGGGAGAACACGGGCCUCAAAGAUCUGGUAUUGAAAAUCCUCCAAGUGAAUGGGGACCUGGAGGCCCUCACAAACCUGGGCCUCAUGUUGGGCAUACUGGUCCUCACACAGGCCCUCAUACUAGUCCCCACAGUGGUCCACAUGGUGGUCCACACAGUGGCCCUCACACAGGUCCACAUGCAGGGCCUCAUACAGGCCCACACAAUGGCCCACAUGGUGGUCCACACAAUGGCCCUCAUGGUGGUCCUCAUGGUGCACCUCAUAGUGUACCACAUGGAGGUCCACAUAAUGGACCUCAUGGUGCCCCUCACAGUGGUCCUCAUGGUAGCCUUACACAUGGUGUCCCUCCAGGUGGGCCAGGAGGUCCAGCACAAUGGAAUGGUCCUAAAGAUAUGAAGCAAGGUGCACCAAGUGGACCUACUGGAUGGGAGGAGCCUUCCCCACCCUCACAACGACGGGAUGAUGGCACUGCUGUAUGGGGCAAUCCACAGCAGCAAGCUAAUGUCUCAAGGUGGAAGGAUAUGCCUACUCCCAACAUGAUGGGAAGGCCAGGCAUACCUGGGCCACAGCCAGGACGUAUGCCGGGACCACCAGUUCCAUCAGGAAUAAAACCAGAUCAGCGAAUGUGGGGACAACAUGGGAGAAAUGGCAGCUGGAGUGACCCCUCUCACGAUACGGGUAGUGGCAUGUGGGGGGAGGAUCCAAAAUCAGCUGGUUGGGGUGAACAACAGAUAACAUCACCAACAUGGGGCACAAAACCGAAGACCCCAACAGGAGGCCCUGGCGGUCCUGUUGGUUGGAAUGAAACUGACAUGGAACUUCAAGGCUGGGGACACCAAAAUAAGAUGAGUGGUUACCCUCCUCUACUUGAUCUCAGAUCUCCCAAAGCUCUCAUACCCGAGUCCCACUUCCCAUUUGCUAUGAGUGGUUACCCUCCUCUACUUGAUCUCAGAUCUCCCAAAGCUCUCAUACCCGAGUCCCACUUCCCAUUUGCUGUUCCUAAGGGUCUCUCAAAAGAAAUUAUCUACAACAGCAAGCAAUUUCGUACACUCCUGGAGAUGGGUUAUAAGGUGAGAAAAUAAGGCCAUUCUUGAGUCUGGCACCUAUCAUGAUAAAGGACAUAUUACUGUUUUUUUUUUUAAUCUUAUAGUACUUGUCUCAGAAUUAAUUAGAGAUAAUAAUACUUCAGUGAAUUUUUGUAAGUUUAAAAUUUUGUUGUAUGUAUUUUUAAAUUUAAUGAUUGCCAGAUAUAAGUUGCAUUUAUUACUCAUCAGCAAUGUCAAGAAGUAAAAGUUGCAAAGAAUGGCAUAUUAGGAAGGUGCAGUGGACAAGCAGGGUUGCCAAGUGUGGUAGGUAGGCCCUCUUGUUGAUGCACAAAUUGUGAUGCCAUGCUCCUGGCAGACAAGAUUUCUCUUUCCAAAGAAUAGAGUCACAAUAUCGUGGCUGAAACAUUUCUAAACUAACCUACAAAUUGAUAAUGGAAAUUAGAUGACAUUUGAGUUUGCUCUUGACAUUUGUCAAUAGUCAAGUGGCUUAAUGAUCCAGGGUGGAACAAAAUGUCAUUUUCACCCCAUUUCCAAUUUGUCAGUCAGUUGUGGAAAGGCCUGUCUCUCUAUCUGCAGUACAGUAUUUAUUGUAAUGCAUUUUGCCUUUGUCCAAGAACUAGGGAAAUAUUUACAAGAUGCAUCUGAAGUUUUGUUCUUUGUGAUGUACUUCUGGUGUGUAAUGAAAUAAUAAUUUUGUCAACAGGUGAAGGCUUUAGUGUGUAUUAUUUUGUGUGUUUGAAAGUUUUAAUCAGUAGUAUGGAAAUGUUGGUUAAUUUCAGUUAAUUACUUUGACAUAGGAGAAAAAUAUCUAUAUACAAUUUGAAAAAAAAUGACCUAAGGGAUUCAUGUAAAUCAACUUGACAAUUUUUUGUAUGUUAUGGAUGUGUACUGUUGACAUGUACAUUAGUAGUUAGUACUGAUGAAAGAUAGACCUUAAUGACAUUUUAUUUGUAAAUGUGUCCCUGACAAAUUUUAUUAAUUUCUUUUUUAAAAUUAGUAGUUAUUUCAUAAUACUGUGCAAAAAGACAUUUAGCUACAAAAUGUGAGUUACAAAGAAAGCCUGAGGGCAGUAGAUAUGUCAUCAUACGCUAAAAUAACACACACACAAAGGAGAGUAGACAUGAUUAACAAGUGUAGGAUUAUUAAGUAUGAUAGAAUUAAUAAGGAUUUCUUAACAUGAACAGUAGAGAGAACAAGAGACUGGGGCUAUCAGCUAAAAAAAAAAAAAAAAAAAAAAAAAAGAGUGCUGAAAUCCCACUUGAAAGUCCUUGACAAACAAUGUAACAGAACAAAGGAAUGGCUUACAGAAUAAGGUUGUAAAUGCAACGAACACAGGACUUUUUAGGCUUCUAAUCGUGUAGCUGUAAAAGGGUAAUUACACACAGGUUUUUCUAUUUGCACCAAAAAUGUGCAGUAAUUAAAGGAAAAAUGCCUUGAGUGGGAAAUGUCUUGCCAGAAAUAAAAAAUUUGAAUACAAAUGUAAAUAAUAUAAAUCUUUCUUUCAACACACCGGCCAUAUCCCACCGAGGCGGGGUGGCCCAAAAGGAAAAACGAAAGUUUCUCCUUUUACAUUUUGUAAUAUAUACAGGAGAAGGGGUUACUAGCCCCAUGCUCCCGGCAUUUUAGUCGCCUCUUACAACACGCAUGGCUUACGGAGGAAGAAUUCUGUUCCACUUCCCCAUGGAGAUAAGAGGAAAUAAACACGAACAAGAACUAGAAAGAAAAUAGCAGAAAACCCAGAGGGGUGUGUAUAUAUAUAUAUAUAUAUGCUUGUACACGUAUGUUUAGUGUGACCUAAGUGUAAGUAGAAGUAGCAAGACGUACCUGUAAUAUUGCAUAUUUAUGAGACAGACAAAAGACACCAGCAGUCCUACCAUCAUGUAAAACAAUUACAGGCUUCCGUUUUACACUCACUUGGCAGGAUGGUAGUACUUCCCUGGGCGGUUGCUGUCUACCAACCUACUACCUAGAAAAUAAUAUAAAUGCCCAAUACAAAAUAAAUAAUCAAAAUUACUAUUGGUAUAAAUUAAUAAGGGAAUCUGGCAUAGAUCUUUGCCAUACAAUGGAAAUGUAAGAAAAGUAACAAUAGCCCAAAUAAAAAAACAAUGAUAAAUAUAAACUCUAUCAAAGUUAGGAUAUAUAAACUGUCAUAUUUUGGUUAUAAAAAUCUCAUUUCCUGGAGUCUUUUUCCCUCUCCCACAGCCUGGUCUCAGACCUGGCCUCCUAAAUUAAAUGAAGGCACUGUAAGAAUAAAAAUGAGGAACUGCACAAGUAAAGUGUGCACUAAAUCUGAGUUAUAAGUGGCAAUUUUUAAGACUUGUAUCUUAAGUGUUAGUGAGAUGUUAAGAGAAAAUUAGCAAUCUUACCAGAGUGUAAAAUGAUUAACAGGGUUUCAUUUCACACUUGAGACAGCAUGGUAAUUCCUGGGUGGCUCUUGUUUCAAAGAUUGUUACUGCAAGAUCACAUAAUUAUAAUCAUAAGAAAUUCGUAUGCUUCACUGGCAGACUUUAAAAUACCGUAGUUAUUUGAUACCUGGCUGGAGAAAUAUUGUAGUUAUCUGAUGCAUGGCUGGAGAAAUACUGUAGUUAUCUGAUACAUGGCUGGAGAAAUACUAUAGUUAUCUGAUACAUGGCUGGAGAAAUAUUGUAGUUAUCUGAUACAUGGCUGGAGAAAUACUGAGUUAUCUGAUACAUGGCUAGAGAAAUGCUGAAAAGCUAGUGAACACACAUACUAUGUUGUCUUAUGCUCUUCUCUUACCACUUUUUUUUUUUUUUAAUAUUUCCCUCCAUACACUCAGAAUUCCUCAUACAGUAGGGCCCCACUUAUAUGGCAGGUUAGGUUCCAGGCUACUGCCAUAAAGCAAAAAUUGCCGUUAAGUGGAACACACAUUUUUUUCACUUAUAAAUGCAUAUAAAUUCUAGAUAACAAGUUUACACAAACAUACAGUGGACCCUCAGUUAACGACAUUAACCCUUUCAGAGUUGACAGGCCCUCUCCCAGACUUGUUCUCAGGGUCGACAAAUUUUCAAAAAAAAAAAAAAAAAGAAAAUUCUUAUGAAAAGAUAGAGAAUCUUUUCCUGAUCAUAAUGACACCAAAAGUAUGAAAUUUGAUGGAAAACUUAGAAUUAUGCUCUCGCGAAGUUAGAGGUCUUGACGAUGUUUACGCAUCGGCGAUUUUGCCCAAUUUGAGCCCCAUUUUUGGCCAAUUCCAGUGUACUAGUUGACAAAAAUCAUAACUAUUUCGCUAGAACUCCAUUUUUUCUAUUGAAUGAGUACAAGAAACCCCCCAUUUACCAAUUUCAACUAUCCAAUAAAGUGGUCAGAAUUUAGCAAUUUUGCCAAUUUCACACAAAUUUCAAAAGAUGCCAAUUUCCAAAUAGGGUCCAGAAUAAACAAGAAAGACAUUCCUGGCACUAAAAUAACAUUUCCUCUGUUUAUUAGUCACAUCCCCAUGCCACUCUUACCUUCUUUUGCUUUCCACUUUGAAUUUUUAUUCUCACAAAAAAUAGAAGAUUUACUGUUAUUCAAACUACUGCA